AUGGCUUUCCGGAGUGCGCAGGGCGAUGGCCACACCUCCAGCCGCUGGGACGGCGGCGCGGAGAAGGCAGGCUUUAAUGCCAAAAGGAAAAAAAAGGUGGCAGAGAUACACCAGGCUCUGAACAGUGAUCCCACCGAUGUGGCUGCCCUUAGACGCAUGGCUAUCAGUGAAGGAGGGCUCCUGACUGAUGACAUCAGGCGAAAAGUGUGGCCCAAGCUCCUCAAUGUCAACACCAGUGACCCACCUCCUAUAUCAGGGCAGGACCUACGACAGAUGAGCAAGGACUACCAACAAGUGCUGCUGGACGUGCGGCGAUCUUUACGGCGCUUCCCUCCUGGCAUGCCAGAAGAACAGAGAGAAGGGCUCCAGGAAGAACUGAUCGACAUCAUCCUCCUCAUCUUGGAGCGCAACCCUCAGCUGCACUACUACCAGGGCUACCAUGACAUCGUGGUCACAUUUCUGCUGGUGGUAGGCAAGAGGCUGGCAACAUCCCUGGUAGAAAAAUUGUCUACCCACCACCUCAGGGAUUUCAUGGAUCCAACAAUGGACAACACCAAGCAUAUAUUAAACUAUCUGAUGCCCAUCAUUGACCAGGUGAAUCCAGAACUCCAUGACUUCAUGCAGAGUGCCGAGGUGGGGACCAUCUUUGCCCUCAGCUGGCUCAUCACGUGGUUUGGGCAUGUCCUGUCUGACUUCAGGCACGUCGUGCGGUUAUACGACUUCUUCCUGGCCUGCCACCCGCUGAUGCCCAUUUACUUUGCAGCUGUGAUCGUGUUGUAUCGAGAGCAGGAAGUCCUGGAUUGUGACUGUGACAUGGCCUCGGUCCACCACCUGUUGUCCCAGAUCCCUCAGGACCUGCCCUAUGAGACGCUGAUCAGUAGAGCUGGAGACCUCUUUGUUCAGUUUCCCCCGUCUGAACUUGCUCGAGAGGCAGCUGCCCAACAGCAGGCCGAGAAAACGGCAGCCUCUACCUUCAAAGACUUUGAGCUGGCAUCAGCCCAGCAGAGGCCUGACAUGGUGCUGCGGCAGCGGUUUCGGGGACUCCUACGGCCUGAGGAUCGAACGAAAGAUGUCCUGACCAAACCAAGGACCAACCGCUUUGUGAAACUGGCCGUGAUGGGGCUGACGGUGGCACUGGGAGCGGCCGCGCUGGCUGUGGUGAAGAGUGCCCUGGAGUGGGCCCCAAAGUUUCAGCUGCAGCUGUUUCCUUGAAGGCCAGAGACACUUCCUUUUACAUUAUAUUAAGGUCUCACCCUUCUGUGGAAGGGUUGGGAGGGGUGGAAUUUCCUUUAUUAAAAGGGUUUCUGUCAAGGGUUUUCUAUUCCUGCCGUCCCUCCCUGCCUGUCUAUGGUUUGCCUUUGCUUCAGAGGCCAGUGGCGGAGCCUGCCUGACACCAGGCACUUGGGGGCCUGGGCGUAGAACUCUCUCCUCCCUCACAGGGGCCUUCUGAGUGGGCUCUCCACUGCCUCCUCUUGUGUUGGAGGAAAUGGAUUUCUUUAGCUCCCAGCUGCCUUUGGGACCUGCUGGGCCUGGUUACUGGGGAACCUCUUAGCUGCCCAGUACUAAGUAAGCUGGACCACUGAAUGCCCUCCUCACAGCUCCUCCUGUUCUGUCUGCUUCAGCUGGACAAAGCAGGGAGCUGCUGCUAAACAAGUCAGACCUUGGAAUGAAGGCAAGGGGGCAAAGGAUGCUAUCCCAGGAUCAAGAUUGCCUCUCUUAAGAGCAGCUCCAUUAGUUGGUCAGAAAGCAGAGAGACAGAUGUGAACUAGGUUACUAGGUAAAUCUUACCUAUUUUCAGCCUAGAAAUCACUGGGGCAUUUCCAGUCAAAUGGGAAGGAAUCUUAAGUUUUAGGGCCCAAAGACUGGUUUUGCCUGCCUUUUUUUGUGCUUUGUCUCUUCCACAAGCCACACAAUGUUGCUUAUAAAAGACACUUUUAUUACUAUUUUUAGAAUUACAUACACCCAACGUGUCAAGUACCUUCACUUUAAAAAUAAUAGUUCCUUCAUGGAAAAAAAAUAGUUCUCAUCAGAAGGAUGAGCUUCUAAGACCCUGAAGUUUCCUUUCUACUCAAUUAUUUAACAUUUCACUUUAGCCAGAGUUGCUCUUUAUAAACAGCCCACACUCCCAAGUGCCCACUUGUCCAGCGUCCCUUCCUUCCCGUUCUCUUUAGAUCCUCUUUCCACUCCCAAAUAGGCACCCACUCACUACCAUGGCUUCCUUCUUUUGGUUUGCUUUAUCCCCUCAAUUGCUGGUCUCUCCUUCCUGGUUGGAAAUGUCAUUGGAAACUUGUCAGCACCCGGAAGGGGACACACUGCAGCCUGGAGAGUGUGGUAGGAGCCUGGAACAGCCAGCUCCCUGCCCCACGCUUCCUGAGGACUCUCCAGGCCUCAGGGAACAAGAUGGAUCAUUCAGUCCUUCUGGGACAGCUUUUCCUGUAAGCAGAGCCAGGUUUGUUUUAAAUUAACUCUGGCUUGAAAAAAAAGUGCCUUUUGCUGCUUUAAAGAAUUAGGGUGUACAGUAAGAAGCAGCCAUGUACUUUUCUUUUCCAGGUGUCUCUUGGGCACUGUUCUCUUUUGGCAGGUGUUUUCUUAAAGUGAACAUGCCAGAAGCACUCUACCCCACCAUAGCCAGAUAGCCACACCCUCCGGGCACGCCCACUGUGUGCAGAGUGGAGGGCAUUUAGCACGCCAGGCAGCUGGCGAGCCCAGAGUAGUUAGGAGAGGCGUCUACACUGUUACACUAAGCACUUUAAAACCAAAAAAAGCUCAAAGUCAUGGGUCAUUCUCCAUAGCAGGAGUCCCACCUGGGGUGAGUGUGAUGUGGGUGGAUUAAUCUAGAAAGUGGUGAAUUCAUCAAGAGAAAGGAAGUUCUUUCAGGAUCCAGAGGUGAUACAGUGACAGAUAUUCCCGGUCCUUUCCCACAGCACGUUUGUCCUCUGGUCAUCUUUGCAGUGGACAGCAGAGUUGGCCCCUGCUACCACAAGCACUCGGGCCUGUCUGUAAACACUGAAGGAAUUGAUGGGGAGGAGGACAGGAGGUGCAUGUGAUCAGGGUCCCAAGGCUGCAGCUUUUGGGAUCCCAGGAGGCAAGUAGUGUUGGCUUCUGUCGUGGCCUGGGAAGGAGAAAGUUCAUUUGUUUUGUAGUUUUGCUGACACCAGGAUUCUCCCUGCCAGUGAGAAGAAAGCAUUGUCUUUUUACCUUCAGAUGGUUUACUAUUCUGUAAAGAAUAUGUGUAAAUAUUUUGUACAGAGCCCUGUAUGGAAUAAAUAGCCUCUGUGGUU